GGAACCCGAGCGUCUCCUCCUCGCCGGUGCCCUCGGGCCGUGGCCCCAUUCCAGCUUCAGUUUCCCGAUCUGCAAAAUGGGCUGCAGCGGUGCCACCUGGAGCCGUGGGCUGCCGUGUAGGGCGAAGCCUGGCCCAUGUCCGCCGUCUGUCUUGGAGCCGCACCCAUCCUUUUGGAAGAACCCAGAAAGAACAUGGCUCCUGAGCAGAGGCAAGCGAGGCCCCAGGUGUCAGUGACGUUUGAGGAUGUGGCCGUGCUCUUUACUCGGGAUGAGUGGAAGAAGCUGGAUCCCUCUCAGAGAAGCCUGUACCGUGAGGUGAUGAUGGAGAACUACAGUAACCUGGCCUCACUGGGAUUCCCGUUCACCAAACCUAAGGUGAUCUCCCUGUUGCAGCAAGGAGAAGAACCCUGGAGGACAGAGAGAGCAAGUCCUGGCGGUCCCUUUCUCGGGUGGAAGCAGAGUCACAGAGCCACAAAGUCAACUCAAACACAGGAUUCUUCAUUUCGGGAAAUGAUUAUGAGACGAUCUAAAACAAAUGGACCCUGGAACUUGAAAUCAGAAAAACCUUUCGUAUAUGAAGGCAAAUUAGAGAAAAGGCAGGAUAAGACUAUUUUGAUUGUAGAAAGAAGCCAUAAAAACAAUGACUUUAGCCAAAACUUUAUCCCAAAGACAGUCCUCAUUAGGGAACAGGUAGUUCCCAGAGAAAAAAUAUCACCAAAAUAUGAAAAACAAGAAAACGGUUUCAAGCAGAUUGCAUAUUUAUCUAAUCAACCAAAAACCACAGCAGAUAAACGCUAUAAAUGUAGUAUGUGUGAGAAAACAUUCAUUAAUACAUCAUCUCUUCGUAAACAUGAGAAAAACCAUAGUGGAGAGAAACUAUUCAAAUGUAAAGAAUGUUCAAAAGCCUUUAGCCAAAGUUCAGCCCUUAUUCAGCAUCAGAUAACUCACACUGGAGAGAAACCUUACAUAUGUAAAGAAUGUGGUAAAGCUUUCACUCUCAGUACAUCCCUUUAUAAACAUCUAAGAACCCACACUGUAGAGAAAUCCUACAGAUGUAAGGAAUGUGGCAAAUCCUUUGGGCAAAGAUCAGGUCUUUUUAUACAUCAGAAAGGCCAUGCUGGAGAAAACCCUUACAGAUACCAUCCUGGUAGGAAAUCUUCUAGUUGCAGCACAUCUCUUCCUGGUCAAAGAAUUCAUUCCAGAAAGAAGUCCUACUUGUGCAAUGAGUGUGGCAACACCUUUAAGUCUAGCUCAUCCCUUCGAUAUCAUCAAAGAAUCCACACUGGAGAGAAACCUUUCAAAUGCAGUGAAUGUGGCAGAGCCUUCAGUCAGAGUGCAUCACUUAUUCAACAUGAAAGAAUUCACACUGGAGAAAAGCCCUACAGAUGUAAUCAGUGUGGGAAAGGUUUCACUUCUAUUUCAAGACUCAACAGACACCGAAUAAUUCAUACUGGAGAGAAGUUUUAUAACUGUAAUGAGUGUGGUAAAGCCUUAAGUUCCCAUUCAACCCUUAUUAUUCAUGAGAGAAUUCACACUGGUGAGAAACCAUGUAAAUGUAAAGUGUGUGGGAAAGCCUUCAGACAAAGUUCAGCUCUGAUCCAACAUCAGAGAAUGCAUACUGGAGAAAGACCCUAUAAAUGUAAUGAGUGUGGGAAAACAUUUAGGUGUAACUCAUCCCUAAGUAAUCAUCAGAGAAUUCAUACUGGAGAGAAACCUUAUCGAUGUCAGGAAUGUGGGAUGUCCUUUGGUCAAAGUUCAGCUCUUAUUCAGCAUCGAAGGAUUCAUACAGGAGAGAAACCCUUUAAAUGUAACACAUGUGGGAAAAGUUUUAGACAGAGCUCCUCACGUAUUGCACAUCAGCGAAUUCAUACUGGAGAGAAACCCUAUGAAUGUAACACAUGUGGGAAACUCUUUAACCACAGGUCAUCCCUUACCAAUCAUUAUAAAAUUCAUGUGGAAGGGGACCCCUAGAAAAUAAAUUUGCAUGUGUAAAAGCCUUAAACCAAAGCUCAGAGACUAUGUGCUUAAGAUGAUGUAAUAAACAAUGGAUUCAAGAACUAUAAUCAUUUAGUAAUCAGCUGUUAAAUCCCCUGGAUAAACUGUGUAACAGAUCAGAGGGAGAAUAUUCAUGCCUGUCAGCCACUAAAAAAUUACUUGAGAGCCAGGCAUGGUGAUGCAUGUCUGUAGCACCAGCUACUAAGGAAGCUGAAUCAGGAGGGUUGCUUGAACCCAAAGUUUGAGUCUAGCCUGGGCAAAUUUCAAGAGACCCCCAAUUUCAAAAAAUUAAUAACCUGAGAUGAAUUCACAGCUGAAGAUGCUGAAUUUGGGCAUUUGUAAAAUAAAAAGGUGGGGUUUUUUUGUGCAGCAAUGUAUGCUAGGUGCCAUUGUGAUCAAAGGCAUCUAAGUGAGUAGGGAGGGGUGCUCUGGAUUUCUUCUUAGCAAAGCACUAAACUCUAUACACUGGUAAUAAUUUUAUAACAUUUUAAUAACAUCCCCAAGAAGGGAUCAAAGAAGUUACCCAUUAUUUAGAAAAAAGGGACCAAAAUUAAAAGUUGAACUGUAAACUACCUCUCAGUCUCUGGAGUUUACCCUUACCUUGACUUGAUGUCAAACUUUGUGUAGAUUUUAUUAAAAAUGGAAAAUAAAAAUCUAGUCUCUGCUUUCCUACUAAUUGCUGUGAAUUUGGAAUGUUCUACAAAAUUCUGAAUUCUCAGAAUUUUUAAAAAUUGCUUGGAAGUUAUGUAUUAUGAAAGUAUGCCUAGUGUUAUCCUGAGUGCUGUCAUCUAGUAUAUUAAAUAUGAAAAUGGGCAAUUACAGGGAGCUGGAGAAAUGGCUUAGUAAUUAGGAGGAACACAUACUGCUGUUACAGAGAACCCAAGUUCUCAGCACUGUAAGGUGACUUACAACUGCCUGUAACUCCAGCUCCAGGGGAAUCUAAUACUCUGGCCUCCUUGGGCACCUACACACAUGUGCAUAUACCCAUAUAGAAGAAUGUAAAAGUCUUUAAAGAAGAUAGGCAGUUAUUUUAAAUUCAAGUCUACCGAGUAUUUUUCUUACAAAACCUACCAGAAGACAUUUGAACACAGCUGUAUUAACUGCUAAAGAUUGCUGUAGUGGAUGCUUGUGAGCCCCUCAAAUUCAUGUUUUGAAAUCCUAACUUUCCAGUGAUGGUAUCAAGAAGUGGCACCUUUGGAAAAGUUAUUAAGCCGUGAGGGUAAGCCCAUCAUACAUGGAGUUAGUGUUCUUAAAAAACAGGCCGGAGGGAACCCAUUCUGCUUUUCAGCUUUGAGGAUACCACAAGAAGAUACCUUUGAACCAUAUGGUGGUUCACCCCAGACAAGGAACUUGCUAGUUUUUUUAAGCUUGGGCUUACAAGUAUGAAGGCUUAUCUUUAUUGUUAAUGUCAUUGGAUUUAGAAUUACCUAGAAGACGCACCUCUGGGCAUGUCUUUCAGAGUGUUUGCAGAGAGGUUUAGCUGAGGGGAGGGAAUAGCCACCCUAAAUGUGGGUGGGAUCAUUCCAUGGACUGGGGUCUUGAACUAAAUAAAAAAAGA